UAUUAUUCGUUCAUUUAGUUUCUAUAAAUAAAAGUGAUUUGAAUGUUUUCGCUCUUGUUCAAACAUGACAUCUGGUUGUGCACGACGAGUUCUUUUACCAAUUGAUGGUAGUGAACAUAGUAAACGAGCAGUGAAUUGGUAUUUAACGGAAUUUAGUAGACCAGAUGACUUUGCCUACUUUUUUCAUGCAGUUGAGCCACAUUAUUCCAAGUCUAAUGCCAUUGAAUCACAUGAUCAUGGAAAAGAAUUAACUACUAAUUUGGAUAAAAAUCUUAAAAUGUACGCGGAAUUAGGCAAAAUACUUGGUGAAAAAUUACAUGAGGAUUUGAAAAACAGUCAUAUUCAAAUGGAGUAUAUUAUACAAAUUGGAAAUAAACCAGGUGAAUUAAUAGUUAAUGCAGCUAAACAACGAUCUAUUGACGUUAUAUUGAUUGGAAAUCGUGGUUUAGGCGCAUUGAGACGUACAUUUCUAGGCUCUGUUAGUGAUUAUGUACUGCAUCAUUGUAAUAUACCGUUUGUUAUUAUUCCACCUUCGACGGGUUCAUGAAACAAUUUGAAACAAUGGUUUAUUGGUGAUGUCGGUUUGUGUCGUUGAUCACAACAUUACGAUUACACAUUUUUACAUUCAAUUGGACUGAUGCAAUAAUACAUGAAUGUGCAUAUAAAUUUGCAACUGAAUGAAUAAAUAUUUUUCAAGAUCAAAUUGUAACUACUUACUCAUAUAUAUUUUUAUUCAUUAUGCUCGUUAUUGAAUUAUUAUUUAAUAAAAUUUAAUUUAUGAAAAAGAAAUAUAGACAAUUCAAUGAAAAGAA